AUGCACGACAAACUCGGAUGUGACUGGCAAUUGGGCCCCAAACUCGCUCAGCUACUUGCGCAAACAGGAAAAUAUCUUGAGCAACAAGUCAUUCCAGACGCAAAUGACAAUGGCGGUAAUUCAAUCUAUGGAUUCAAAGAAAUGUUCGGCAACAUUCCAGGUACUACUAUUGCGGACAUCUUUCAAGAUGUUGAUGAAGGUGUGACCGAAACGUGGGAUGCAAGGACUGUGAGAAGGCCAAAUAUCGUCUGUGUUCGAGAAGACGUCACGGAAAUCGCAGCAGCCUGGAAUCAUUGCAAGGCUGGAUUAACAACAGGAAUGACAGCCGAUGGCGCCCAAGACAUUUAUCUUUGCCCAAGAUUUUGGGACGCCACGUAUCCAGAUUUUCCGGCCCCAUCCAAUUGCCCAGCUCUGAACGUCGAUGGCACUGAUUUUGCGGACCAGGAUUGUAUCAACAAUAAUUGCACUGACGGACACCUAAAAAUCAAUGGCAACAAAUGGUCCACGAUCAUUCACGAGCUCAUGCACAAAUAUACACCUAGUUGGCAGACCAAUGAGAAAUACAGAUAUAUCGAUGUCGUUACGGGUGGGCCAGACUUCCAACUCAACAAUCCUAGAAAUUAUGAAUAUUACGCCAACUUCGUACUUGCGAAAUGUACCAAAUUCCCCAAAGGACCUCAAUACACCCGCCCAUCAAGACGCCUGAAUCGACGCAUAACAUUUUCAAACAAUAACUGGCCAGACUUAGAGGUUGACGAGGAAGAGAUUUUUGUCCCUGAUGAGAAGCUGAUAGAUGCGGAAAAUCAGGCUCGUGUUAUACUAGCCGCGAUCAACGGCGAGGGAAAUCAAGUAAACACUUAG